AUGACUGGUCUUGACAGGGCGAUGGCUUCUAUGUUUUACAAGAGUGACUCGAGCUCUGCAGCUUUGAUGACCAAUUCAUCUGGCAUAAGAAAGAUUCUUCCUAAGUCUGAAAUAUGUGAUUUUCAAUUUGAGUCCUGUGGUUAUUCCAUGAAUUCCAUUGAAGAGGCUGCAAUUUCCAAUAUUCAUGUUACUCCGGAGGAUGGUUUUAGUUAUGCCAGCUUUGAAGUAGCUGGUUACAAUUUGAAAGAGGUGAAUCUGAGCCAGCUGAUUGAGAGGGUUUUGGCAUGCUUCCAUCCUAAGGAGUUUUCCAUUGCCGUGCAUGCUGACAUUGGUGAAAUGUUGUUUGAUAACAUUUACUCUUACGACCUAAAGGGUUACUCAGUCAAUCUGGAAUGCUAUGAGGACCUGGGUUUGGGCGGUGCUGUUGUCUACAGGAAGUUUGCAUAGACUGCUUGUGUUAUGUUUUACUGUUAGGACAAAGUCUAAGUUGUAGGUUAGUUAAAUGUCAUUGACCUGCUCAU